AUGAGCAGCGAACACGCCGAGGACGCGCGGGAGGUCGACGUCCCGGUCGAGGCGAUCCAGACCGUAGAUCCCGCCGUCGUCGCCAAUCUGCCAUGGGGGACUCAUGUUAUCAGCAUCCAGGCCCAUGGAGCCAGCUUCUGGACUCGCACGGCUCGUGUUGACGCAGAGCGCGAUGGAGUUCAAGUGGCUUACUUCCUCAAGGUGGCCUCCACAUCCCCAGAUACCGUCUGUCUGUCUACAGCAUCUGGUGAGCGCGGCAGGCAAAUGAUGUCAAGUGAGCACCACUGCAUGUCGAAGAUCCGCGCCGUCAUGCACGACCUCGUCCCCGAGCCGCUUGCUUGGGGAACAUAUGCAGACAUCCCAGAUGUCCACUUCUUCCUGUGUGAAUUUCGGUCCAUGACGGGCGGAAUACCGGAUAUUGAAACGUUUACUUCGAAGAUGGCCAAGCUCCACAGCGUGGGAACUUCCCCGAUGGGAGGUUUGGGUUUGAUGUCGUCACUUUUCAUGGGAAUACGCCGAUCGAUCAUGGGCCCCAGUGAUGAGAUCAAGGAACUGAUGGAUCCGUUCUUCAAGAAGGUCAUACCUUGUCUCCUGCGGCCCUUGGAAUCGGGCGGUCGAUAUAUCUUUCCUUCCCUCACCCACGGGGAUCUGUGGCACGGCAACGCAUCCAUGGACGAAGAAUCCGGGAUGCCGAUCAUAUUCGAUGCAGCAUCGUUCUACGCCCAUAAUGAAUAUGAGCUUGGUGUCUGGCGCCAGCCGUGGAACAAGAUCAAUGAGUCUUACAGGAUGCGUUAUCACGAGCAUUUUCCCCCAUCAGAGCCUAAGGAAGACUACGAUGAUCGUAAUGCCCUCUAUGCGACGUAA